CGGCACAGGAUUUGCCAAUGGCGUGGUAAAUCAGCCCUCAAGCAAUAUACAUCCUCCGAGAAGGUCCAAUUCAACGGGCGAUAUUAGUCAGGCCAAUCCAUUCCUUAAUAGUGGAGACACAAACAACCCUGGAGGCGGAGCUUUUAAUACCCUUCCGUCUAGUUUCAAUUCUCCACCUGCUAAAAAUGAUUUCCUUAAUACAUUUAGUACAAACAUCAAUCAGCCUGCAUCGUCAUUUUCUACUUCAUCUUAUACAACGACUAGCCUUCCCACUAGCAAUAGUCUUAUUGAUCUCGAUACAGGCAGCUUUAGCAGCCAAGUCAGCAAAAACCCUUUUCAAACACAACAGACAAUGAUUCCAAGCGAUAUUAACAAACCAAAAUCUCUCAUAGACAUUCAACGAGAGCAGCAGCUCCUUCAACAAUCACAAGGGUUAAAUUUAUUCGAACAGCCUAAUCAAGGUGCCAAUGUUGGAUUUGGAAAUCCAUGGUGA